AUGUGCCUGAAGACUGACGUUGCAAUCGACUGGAGAGAUGUUCCCUCCUAUUUCAACACCUUCUUUCCUACCCAAGAUGGUGUGGUUGCAAACAUCGACUUCGCACCUGAACGGAUGACCAUCUACAGCAACUGUUACCGCCAAGGAGAGGCACUCACAACUCCAGUCGAAAUUGACCUGUUGCCGAUACUGAAGCUCGGUCUUGCAAACAUGGGGUUUACAUGCAGUUUUGAACGGUGCGAAAUUAAAGGUGACACCUUCGAGCCUGGCCAAGAGCUCACCACGGAAGAGGUGCAGAGCUUGCAGAGCGCGGAUGUUGGCACAGUCCAGAAGCUUCUUGCACAUCGGCAUUGGGAUUGGGUGAAAGACGUCGUUGAAGGCAGGAUCAAGAAACUUAUGGUCUCUCAAAUUGGCACGAAUUUCUUUCCGCAAGCAAAGUUUCACAUCGGGCCCGGAAAAGCUGAGGUGCUUCCAACUGAGUUUGCAAAUAUCAAAGCAAAGAAAGCGCGGACGCGAACGGAAGACGAGACAUAUGCGCUCAACGCUCUCGGCCAGGCCGACCCUCUCUCUAGUCAGCCCGAAUUUGGCGAGUACGUGCAGCGCGUGGGACUUCGCGCUGUCUUUUUUGCGAACAGGUACGAAUUUCUUUGGGACCAUGAAUGGGUCCAGCCUGAAUAG